AUGACGCCGCCGGGCACGCCGCCGGUGAGACGGCGGAACAAGCUGAAGCCGCCGGGCACGCCACCCCCGUCGUCUCGCAAGCUCAUCCACCUCCUGCCCGGCUUCACGGCGCUGCACCGCAGCAAGUCGCACGAGUUCCAGCUGGGCCACCGCGUGGACGAGGCGCACACCCCCAACUCCCUCUCCGUCUGUGCCCGGCCCGGCCCCCGAAGCCCCCGGCCGGGAGCCCUCCGGCGCUCGGAGGAGAGCCCAGCGCAGGGGCCCGCGGCAGCGCUGCCCGGGCGCCAGGUCCAGACGUGCCACCUCUUCCCAUCGAGCCGUGCCAAGGGGAAGCGUUUCGGCCCCUGCGGCGACGGCGGUUUGCAGCGCGCUCUGGGCUCCGGCGAGCUCGCCCUUCCCUCUGCUUGUGGGCCGACGCUGUUCGAGCCCGUCCUUGCCGUUUCUGCCUUUGCAAGCCCAGUAAAGAAGAAGAACAAGCCCUUGAACCUCAAGAUCCACAACAGCGUGGGAAGCUGCGAGAACAUCCCCUCGCAGCGCUCGCCGCUGCUCCCGGAGCGCUCCCUGCGGUCCUUCUUCGUGGGGUACCCGCCUUUCCUGCCCUCCACGCCUCCCGUCCACACCGAAGCCACCUUCUCGGCAACUGGACCAACAGCCCAGUUCGAUCUCGCGCUCAAGUGCCACAACAAAUGCACCAAAGAGGCCCCUCCGUGUCACCUGCUGAUCAUCCAUCGCGGAGGGAGACGAGCCGUACGGUGCGAGGCAGAUUUGCAUCCCAAACCACUUCCACCCACCCUCCCCCUGCCACCUUUCCUUUUCAGAUCCCCCACAGCACGGGCAAGGUUAGUCCGGACCGAAUCCGUGCCCUGCGAUAUCAACAAUCCCUUACGGAAGCCGCCCAGGUAUUCGGACCUGCACGUGAGCCAGACGCUUCCCAAAACCAACAAAAUCAACAAGGACCACAUCCCGGUGCCCUACCAGCCAGACUCCAGCAGCAAUCCCUCUUCCACAACCUCUUCCACACCUUCCUCACCGGCCCCGCCGCUGCCACCCAGUGCGACUCCACCAUCCCCCCUCCACCCCUCACCGCAGUGCACGCGGCAGCAGAAGCAGUUCAACUUGCCAGCUUCCCAUUACUACAAGUACAAGCAGCAGUUCAUUUUCCCUGAUGUGGUGCCUGAGACGCCAGCCCGAGCCCCACAGGUGGUCCUCCAUCCAGUCAACUCGAACCCAAUCCUGGAAGGAAAUCCAUUACUUCAAAUUGAAGUGGAGCCAACAUCGGAGAAUGAGGAGGGGAAUGAGGAGGCCCAAGAGUCCGAGGAUGACUUUGAAGAGAUGAACCUCUCCCUCCUCUCGGCUCGCAACUUCCCCCGCAAGGCCAGCCAAACCAGCAUCUUCCUCCAGGAGUGGGACAUCCCCUUUGAACAGCUGGAGAUCGGGGAGCUCAUCGGCAAGGGGCGCUUCGGCCAGGUGUUUCACGGGCGCUGGCACGGCGAGGUGGCCAUCCGUCUCAUCGACAUCGAGCGGGACAACGAGGACCAGCUGAAAGCCUUUAAGCGGGAGGUGAUGGCUUACCGGCAGACCCGCCAUGAGAACGUGGUGCUCUUCAUGGGAGCCUGCAUGAGCCCUCCCCACCUCGCCAUCAUCACCAGCUUGUGUAAAGGACGGACUCUCUACUCGGUGGUGAGAGAUGCCAAAAUUGUCCUGGACGUCAACAAGACGAGGCAGAUAGCUCAAGAAAUUGUGAAGGGAAUGGGGUACCUGCACGCCAAGGGGAUCCUUCACAAAGAUCUGAAGUCGAAAAAUGUUUUCUAUGAUAACGGGAAGGUGGUCAUCACGGACUUCGGCCUCUUCAGCAUCUCAGGAGUGCUGCAAGCAGGCAGGAGGGAGAACAAGCUGCGGAUCCAGAACGGCUGGCUGUGCCACCUCGCCCCGGAGAUCAUCCGCCAGCUCUCGCCCGACACCGAGGAGGACAAGCUGCCCUUCUCCAAGCAUUCGGAUGUUUUUGCACUUGGCACUAUCUGGUAUGAGCUGCACGCGCGGGAAUGGCCCUUCAAGACACAGCCGGCGGAGGCAAUAAUAUGGCAGGUGGGAAGAGGGAUGAAGCCCAACCUCAGCCAGAUCGGAAUGGGCAAGGAGAUCUCGGACAUCCUCCUCUUCUGCUGGGCCUACGAGCAAGAGGAGAGACCCACCUUCACCAAGCUCAUGGACAUGCUGGAGAAACUGCCAAAGCGGAACCGUCGCCUUUCCCAUCCCGGGCACUUCUGGAAGUCAGCGGAGCUGUGACAGAAGGACAUAAGGGACGGUGCCUUCCUCCCCUCUUCAGCUCUCCUCUCCUCUUCCUCCCUCUGUAUGCUACCGAAGAGCCGAGGGCGCUGCGGAACGCCAGCGU